AUGUUUAAUCCGGCCGGUCUCUUCAAGGAAAUUCCUUGUCCUGAAGGGAUAGGGUGCAAGCUUUUGAAUUGCAUGUUCGCCCACAGCGACAAAGAUACUCUCAGUAUAACAAAAACUGAAUCAAAGGAUGCGCCUGUCACUACCGGUGCAAAUAUCGCGAACCUGAAUGAAGAGCCUUUGCUAAAGAGAAGACGCAUUGAUGCCGAUUGCAAUGAAUCGCAAUCUCGAGACAAGGCUGAGCGCCACAAGCACAACAAAAGCAAUAAUACUCCGCGCUCUAGUGGCCCCGUUACCGAGCAUCAAGUCUCGUCAAAUGGAAAUCAAGGUCUAAAAUCUGCGUCAAAAGCCGUUUCUCCUCCCCUUAUUCACCGUUCAAUCUCCCCAGAGUUUAAACAGGAAACCAAAAGGCGUCCGCCCGGAGAGGGAGCGACGGAUUCCACUGUCGCCUCCAUUUCCACACUGCGUAGACAGGUGAAAAAGGAGACGUUGAAUCCCCGACACCUGUCGAAACCUCCCGUAUCACACUCGAUACGCUCCGCUAUACUCACAAAACUACAUGAAGAGAUGGUUAGACUGAACGCUCAGCUUGUCGCUCUAAACGAGCAAGCUAAGAGGGCCCUUAUUUUGUCUGAAGAUGAACUCAUAGUUAGGGCGCUAGAUGAAGAGGAAAAGGCUGCGAAGGAGACACCUUCCGUUUACUCUAAUGUCAUCAAACUUCGCAUUACAAGGCUCAAGAAGAUGAAGUUGAGUGAGUGGAAAGAAGAUGUACUAAAUUAUUUACGGCCCAAGUGCACACAGUCCCAACCCGUGAAAGAUCCGGAGCAGCCCAUAGUAACUGGGUUGGACGUACAAGGAGAAAUUGCAAUGCUCUCCAAAUUCUUUGCUUCGGCUGAAGCACAGGUCAAGGCCGGUUAUAUCACCGAAGCUCCUUCGAAGGAAGAUAUCGAAAACGCAACUACGGGAAGUCUCAUGGCACAAGGCUGGGAGCAAUGUGACCGUUGCAAUGGGAGGUUCCAGGUCUUCCCCGGCCGCCGAGAGGAUGGCCUUUUGGCCUCAGGAGGGCCAUGCACAUAUCAUCACGCGAGACUUAUCCGCCCGCCCAGGAAGAAAACUGAUCAUAUUGUGGGCCAGACGGAAGCAUACUUCCCAUGUUGCAACGAGACCGUUGGUACUUCCACUGGAUGCACGAAGGCCGAAUCGCACGUCUACAAGGUGACGGAGGUAAAGAGGUUGGCUGCAAUCUUGCAAUUUGAAAAGACUCCGCGUCAGCCCGAGAAGGGCGCUCUGCCACCCGUAUGCUUCGACUGCGAAAUGGGAUAUACAACUUUAGGACUAGAGCUCAUCCGAUUAACAGCAAUCACAUGGCCGGAGCGGAAGAAACUGGUUGACGUUCUCGUUCGACCAAUGGGAGAGAUAUUGGAUCUCAAUUCCCGGUAUUCGGGCGUGCGUCCCGAACACUUUGCAAAUGCCAUCCCCUACAAACCCGAUCAGGUGCUCGCUUCGUCAAACAGCACAUCUCCACCUGAUCCCACCGUACUACCCAUCGUUGAGUCGCCGGCUGCUGCGCGUGCUCUGUUGUUCGAACAUCUGCAGCCCGAAACCCCCAUAAUUGGCCACGCCAUUGACAAUGAUCUGAAUGCUUGUCGCAUGAUUCAUCCAACGAUCGUUGAUACCGUGCUAUUAUACCCACACCCGGGAGGUUUACCGUUUCGAUUCGGCCUUCGGGCACUGGCGAAGAAACAGGAGGGGGCAGCCCAGGGCCAUGACUCCAUGGAAGAUGCGAAAGCCACGGGAGAUCUAGUUAGGGUGAAGGUACGGGAGACAUGGACGAGGUUAAAACCGCUGGGAUGGAUGAUCAAAGGCGGCAAAUUGAUUGAGCCUCAGCCCACCAAGACCAACAUCAAACCUUUUAGUACGGGACUCGGGGUGCUAGGGGCUGGUGCGGGAACGAAAAGAACGAUUGGUGAUGAUGAUGAUAAGUCUUAA